GUCAAUUCAUAACAGCAACGAGAAAGAGAAACAACAACAACAGCUAUCAAAAACCAAACCCCUCUCUCUCUCUCUCUCUCUCUCUCUCUCUCUCGAACAUGCAGAGGCAGUCGCUGGGCUCACCAUCGUCAAAGCUGGUACAAGAUGAGCGGCAAACCCAGAAGCAAUUCCCCUCUUCUUCUUCUUCUUCUUCUUCUUCUUCUUCACAUCUCUCCACCAUUAAUGGAGAAGACUACUGCAAAGUAGAAGAGGAAGAGCUGAAGAAGAUGAUGAGACUGAAGCCGCCCCACACCUACAUUCACAUCAUCCCAAUGCUCACUCUCCUCUGCUUCCUCAUUCUCUACCUCUCCUCCCACGACCCUUCUCCCAAUGAUUUAGCUGAGUUCAAUACCUUGAAGACUUUCCCCAAUCGCGCAGAAUCAGAAGACAAUAUUUCAGAACUGAAGGGCAUAAUGGAGAUAAGAAAAGGCGACGUGCUGGCGCUACGGAGCUUGAAGAACUCGGCGGCCAAACACCGCCGGCUCCACCGCAAAAUCCCCCGGUUUUAGCCCCAUUUUCUGCUCACUCACUCUCUCUCUCUCUCUUUCAUUAAUACUUUUAAAUUUUUUCCUACUUAAUUUCUUCACAACUCCAUCUGUAUUUAAUCUGUGAUUAUAAGCGCACCUUUUUUCCCCACAGAUUUUUUGCGAAAAAUUCCGUCGGUGGGAUUUGCUCUUUUCUUUUUUAAUUGUUAUUUUUGUUAAAAAAAAUUCUGAUGAAAUUGAUGGAAAAUUUCAACUAUUAGCAAUCUA